AUGCCGUCCUCCGACUACACAUCCGCAGGCGGCGGCCUGAAACUCAAAGGCGCCAAACCCACCGGCGUAGAAAAGAAGCGCAAGAAGAAGUCAUCCUCGUCCAAAUCCACCGCUGCCGCAGCUUCAUCAUCCAAAGAUGCAUCGCCCGCCAAAGACGACACCGCAAUCCCCGAAAACACCACAGAUCUAGAGCAGAGGGAAAAGAACAAGGAAGAGCGUCUUGUACCGGAUGAUGGCAAGACAGAAUAUGAGCGCCGCCAUGAGGAGACCAGGCGCAAGCGCUUGGAAGAGAAAUUGAUGCGCGAAGGUGUCAAGACUCACAAGGAACGUGUCGAGGAACUGAACAAGUACUUGUCGACACUCAGUGAGCACCACGACAUGCCUCGCAUCGGUCCUGGAUAA